AUGGAGCUCAGCAACGCUGGGGACCACUUUUCAACGCAAAUGAAACCGCACUCCUCAACGCCAAUCGUAAACAACGAAGCCAACACCAUCCGCAUCACCCACCGCUCCGAGCGCAGAUUCCUAACGCGCCUCCUCCACCUCAUCCUCCGCCCAUUCAACAACCAUCUCGGCCGCCCUUCGAAACCGCACCCUCCCGGCUCUUCACCUUUGAAGCCCAGCAAUGCCAUCAGGAAGCACUGCAGUGUCACAAACCGCCGCGAUGAAGCCACGGGCAUCUACAUCGCGGACCUGCGGCCGCUCCUGACCCCAGAGGCGAAGGUCACGAAGCACAUAUACUAUUUCUGCGGCGGCGGAUGGCAGGCACCCGCUACAGCACAGCACUGGCAAACCUGCUCGAAGCUCGCGCGGCAAAUGCCGAACACGGCCAUCUCAAUCGUGUCGUACCCACUCGCGCCCAACGAUCCGGCGCCGAAGACGUUUCCCCAAAGCCUCGCGCUAUACAGGCGCAUAAUGGCGCAGUCAGUCGAGGAGGACCAUCGCGUGAUACUGGCCGGGGAUUCCGCGGGCGGGAACAUCGUACUAGCGGUAGUGCUGGAAGCACUGAGAGAAGACUUUGAGGCGGAUGCGGCGACGAGACCGCCGUGCCCGGUUGCGAUCAUGGCGAUCUCGCCGUCGACGGAUCUCAGGAGGGAUAAUGCUGAGAUCGAGAAGAUCAAGAAGCAUGACCCGAUCCUUACGCCGCUGUUCAUAAAGAGCACGGCGCGAGCUUGGGCUGCUGACUGGGAUCCCGCGGAUCGGAGACUCUCGCCUAUUAACGCGGAUAUCUCGCUGUUUGCGCGGGCCGGGGUAAAGGUCAAUGGCAUAACAGGCGGUUAUGAUAUUUUGGGUCCAGAUGGGAGGUUGUUUCGAGACGCGUGCGCGAAGGCGGGGGUGAGCGGAGAGUGGUUGGACUGGGAUAAGCAGAUGCAUUGCUUCCUGCUUACAUGGCCGUAUGGGCUCCCUGAAGCGAGGGAGGCGAUGGGAUGGAUGAUUGACGUAUUGAAAGAAGUAUGA